AUGAUUAUUGCGCGGGUUUUAGCCAUUUUUGCCGUCGUUUCCCUUUGCUACGGUGAAGGACUCACUAAAUUGAUUGGUUAUACCUAUGUGGAUGAAGCGGCACUGGAAAGCAAUAGAAAUGAAGAUUGGAGUAAAGCUAUAAUUACUUACAUCAAUUAUGAUGUUAUUGCCAAAGCUAAAAGAGAUUUGGAAAAUGAUGUAAUUGCAUUUGAUGCAUUACCUCUAAUUACUGGUGAAGUGAAGUUGGGUAGUUCCAUGAAGGAUUAUAUGAAUGCCUAUGAUGAUUUGGUUGAGAAUAUGAAAAGACAAGACUUUGUCGAGGAGUCCAAGAUUAUAAAGCGUGCAGAAAUCGGUCAAAUGGUAAACUGUAACAAGAUAAGAGAAGGUGGGUAUUGGAAGCAAGUUCUUUGUUGUUAUAAAGCUUAUGUAUGGAGGAAUUAUACUGGCAAAAUGCGGGUCUGGCUUAAUGAAUUUGCGCAUGCAACAGAGAAGAAGUUAGGUGGUUUUUACACUGUCUUCAUUGGAUUUAUGCCUAGCAACUUGGUUCUUAUUGCACAUGACAUUAAGACAGGCUCCUCGAUACAGUGUAGGGGGGGGUUUAUAUUCUGA